UACAAAAUUGAAUUAACUUGUUUUAAUUUUUUUUAAUUUUAUUCUUAUUCAUAACUAUACACAAUGAACCCUUCUUCGUCUUCUUCCCGCGUCCGACUCCCAUCGCCGCCCCUUCAUAGUAGAUCCAAGCGCGUGCUCGGCGGUGGAAAUGUGGCUGAUUUACUGCUGUGGAAGAACAAGCAAGUGUCAGCAGCAAUGGUGAUUGGAGUGACACUUGUAUGGUUCCUAUUGGAAGUGGAGGAAUUUACCGUUGUGUCCCUCUUGUCUUACCUCUCCAUCUUUGCCAUGUCCCUCCUUUUCCUCUGGUCCACCGCCUCCUCACUUUUUGACAUCUGGAGCCCUCCGGAUUUGGAAGAUGUGGCAAUACCAGAGUCAACAAUCAAAUGGUUAUUUGGGAAGCUCAAUAAGUUCCUCUUGACCUUCUAUGAAGUGGCUUCUGGCAAAGAUUUGAGAAAAUUUAUCUUGGCAAUAAGUGUCCUUUGGAUACUAUCAGUAAUUGGAAACUAUUUCAACUUCUUGAAUCUUGUAUACACCGGAUUUAUCUGUCUUGCGACAAUACCAGCAAUUUAUGAAAGGUAUGAAAGCGACGUGAACCGUUUGGCAAGCAAAGGUUAUGAAGAUUUUAAGGUUCUAUAUGAAAAAAGUGGCCUCAAAGCUCAAUUUGACAAGAUUCCUAAAAGACCCCUCAAGCAAGGAAAGAUUGCUUAAUUAUAUUCAUUUAGUUGUCUAUAU